CGUGCGCCAUUUUCGAGCCUGUAAAGCCACACCCCUUUCCACGUCGCUCCCUCCGCCCUCUCCUCCUCUUCUUCUUCCUCGCCCGCUGCGGCCACCACAAGCACCUCGAUGGCCGUGGCUAGGGUUUUGGGAUCGACUCUUCUAGGGUUUAGUCGUGCCCCUUCCUCCGCCUCAUCCUCCUACUCGUCGUGCUCCUCCUCCCCUCUCCUCCUCCAAUGGCAAUGGCGCCGCCUCUUCUCCUCCUCCGCCUCGCGCCUCAGCAUGAGCCUCAAGGCCGGAAUCGUCGGCCUCCCCAACGUUGGCAAAUCCACUCUCUUCAACGCCGUCGUUGAGAAUGGGAAAGCGCAGGCCGCCAAUUUUCCAUUCUGUACGAUAGAGCCAAAUGUCGGCAUUGUUGGUGUGCCGGAUCCGCGUUUGAAUGUGCUUGCAGAGCUGAGUAAAUCGCAAAAAGUUGCUCCAGCAUCGAUCGAGUUCGUUGAUAUCGCCGGCCUUGUCAAAGGAGCCAGUCAAGGAGAGGGAUUAGGGAAUAAAUUUCUUUCACACAUCCGUGAAGUUGAUUCCAUACUCCAGGUAGUGCGCUGCUUUGAGGACAAUGACGUUGUUCAUGUGAAUGGGAAAGUUGAUCCAAAGUCAGAUAUUGAUGUCAUCAACUUAGAGCUGGUUUUCUCUGAUCUUGACCAGAUAGAGAAAAGGUUAGAGAAACUUAAAAAAGGAAAAGCAAAAGACUCCCAGUCAAAACUAAAGGAGGAAGCUGAGAGGUCAGCACUUGAAAAAAUUCAGAAGGCCCUAGUGGAUGGAAAACCUGCAAGAUCUGUUUCAUUGACGGAUCUUGAGAAAGAAUCUAUACGGCAUCUCUGUUUACUAACAAUGAAACCUGUGAUAUAUGUGGCUAAUGUGGCUGAGUCUGACCUUGCGGAACCUUCUAGUAAUCUUCACGUCAAGGAUGUGGAAAAUCUUGCAUCAGAGUUGCAAUCUGGGGUGGUUACAAUUUCAGCACAGGUUGAAGCAGAGCUGACUGAACUUCCCUUAAAUGAGAGAAUUGAGUACUUGAGGUCUCUUGGUGUUGAUGAAAGUGGACUGGGCAAUCUUAUAAGAGCGACGUAUAAUCUUUUGGGUUUGAGGACUUACUUUACAUCAGGAGAAAAGGAAACAAAAGCUUGGACGAUACUUGCUGGUAUGACGGCACCUCAAGCUGCAGGAGUUAUUCAUUCGGACUUUGAGAAAGGCUUCAUUCGAGCAGAGACUGUAUCCUAUGAUGAUUUUGUGGCAGCUGGUUCUCUUGCAGCAGCAAGGGAAAAAGGGCUAUUGCGAUCGGAGGGAAAAGAUUACGUUGUACAGGAGGGAGAUGUCAUGCUCUUCCGUUUCAACGUCUGAUAAUACCUUCAGUAAGUAACAUUUGCUCAUUUGUUCUUCAGGCAAUCUUGUGUGAAUUCCCACAUGGUCGCCCGCAUGAUUCAUAAACCAUAGAGUGAUGUGCUAUGCGAGACAAGUUGAACACUUGUUUUUGACAAGAGGAAGGACAAUACUUAUACUGUGGUGUUGUAUUCGUGAAAUAGAUAAGAUGAAUAGCUACAAACUCUUUGUGCCUUAAUCGGUAGCUUACGGGACACACAAUACUGUAUCUUAAAACAUUGGCUUAAAUAAUAACAUUGGCGGUUGCUGUUGCUUCAGGGCUAAUCUAUACUCUUUUAGUGAGUUA